AUGGGCACAGAGCACGAGGAGAAUGAGCCGACGAGGGGAGAUGAUGAUCCAUCCCAACAUGAUGCCGUUAGUAUUGCAGAUGUGUCCGUGGAGAUGGCCACAGUGGACCACACUCUCCAGAAGCUCCGCAGGAUGUACAGAAAGACAAGACGGAAGCCCAAGGGGCUCAAGAGGCUCUGGAUCCGUCUGCUGAACAUCCCGCACCUGGCUGUCAUCAUUGCGGCAGUGGUUUUUGUAAUUGUAGUGAUCAUGUGGUCGCUGCUGUGGGUCUUCAUAUUCCGCAGGGAAAGCAACAGUGGAGCGUACUUUGCCGGGAUGUUCCGUGUUGCCAACAUGGAGUUUAUCCCAGAGUACCGCCAGGCAGAGUCCCAUGAGUUUGUCUCCAUGGCAAACAAAAUCCAACAUGUGGUGAGCAAUGUGUACAAGAUGUCCUCAGUGGCCAGACUCUACAAGCAAGCUGUCAUUUCAGACCUCAGUAACAACAACAAAGGCGGCGUGCUGGUUCAUUUCUGGAUGGUGUUUGUGGUCCCUCGACUGAAGACCCCGGCAGUGUGUGAGGAGUGUGUGGGAGCCAUUCUCAGAGACUCAGUCCACACCAGCAUGAAGAACAGGUCCUCUGUGGGCUACCUGCUGGGUCUUCCAGUCGAUAUAGACUCUAUCCUCAUCAACGCUGUUCAGAGAUCAGAUUACGCAUCAAACGGGGCAGGUUCUCAGUGUGUAGAAAAGCUGUAUGCCAACCUUCCUGGGACGAAUGUCCCUUUAAAUGUCUUCUCCUCCUGGGGUGUGACCUGCCAUGUAAAGCUCACCGCUGUCCCCGGGUAUCUGAUCCGUCUCACCGUGUCCUCCUUCCUCAUUGAGCCCACUGACUGUGUGAAUGACGCAUUGACUGUGUACGAUGCUCUGCUGCCCAUGAGAGGGCGCAUUCUGCACAGGCUGUGUGAGCCGGUGUCUGCCUCAUUCUCCGUGGUGUCUACCUCCAAUGUCAUGCUGCUGUCCUUCAGGAUGACUAACGGCAACAAAGGCUUCAGAGGACACUUUGAGGCCAUUGCUGAGGAAAUGUGUAUGUCUCAGAUUGAGACAAAGUUAAAACCUGACAUCAGCGGGCAGAUCUACAGCCCCUUCUACCCCAGCCUGCUGCCCCCACGAUGCGCCUGCACCUGGAGGUUUAAGACUCCUAACAGGGAUUUAGGAGUCGCUUUACACUUUCAAAACUAUUUACUUAAACCAAAGAACAUGAAGGCCUGCGACCAGGGCUGGUGGAAGAUCAAUGAAGUCAUUUUCUGCGGAAGCUACGUGGGACACCAAACUGUGUUUCGAAUCGCCGACCACAACCCAGAGGUGGAGUUUCGCUGCAGCUCACGUCACUCUGCUCCACCUUUCCAGGCGUCUUACAGCAGCUACAACAUCAGCCAACCCUGUCCAGAGAGCUACUUCCUGUGCUCCACGGGACUGUGUGUGGAGAAGAGCAGACGCUGUGAUGGUCUUGACGACUGCCAGGAUGAGAGUGACGAGGUCUUCUGCUCAAGGCCAGCCAAGAACUGUGGAGGCAAAAGUCCUCUGCAUCCUUUGUUUGUGUGCAAUGGAGAGACAGACUGCAGCAAUGGAAGAGAUGAGAUGAACUGCACUCAGGAAACAUCCUGCUCUGCUAUAAGGUAUCGGUGCAGCAGUGGCUCCUGCAUCCUGAAGAAGAAUGCAAAGUGUGACGGUGUUCAUGACUGUCGGGACCACAGUGACGAGGCAGACUGUGCCUGUGGUCAUCCCUCCAUUAUGAAGAAGGUGGGCUCAUCAACAAGACAAGAGCGGAUUGUGGGUGGGGAUAACUCUGUGGAGGGGGAGUGGCCAUGGCAGGUCAGCCUCCACUUCUCUGGUAACCUGUACUGUGGUGCUUCUGUCCUCUCCUCUGAUUGGCUCAUCUCAGCAGCACACUGCUUCAGCAAACAAAGACUGUCUGACCCACGUCACUGGAGCGCUCACCUCGGCAUGCUGAGUCAGGGCAGUGCCAAACAUGUUGCAGAGAUCCAGCGGAUCGUGGUGCACGAGUACUACAACGCAUACACAUUUGACUACGACAUUGCCCUGCUGCAGCUGAAGAAGCCCUGGCCGCUCUCCCUCAGCCCACUGGUGCAGCCUGUGUGUCUGCCUCCCCACUCCCACACUGUCACCCACAGCCACCGCUGCUGGGUCACUGGGUGGGGAUACCGCGCAGAGGAUGACAAAGUGCUGCCCUCAGUGCUACAGAAAGCAGAGGUGUCCUUAAUGAGCCAGACUGAGUGCAAGAAGAGCUACGGGCCUGUCUCACCACGCAUGCUGUGUGCUGGAGUUUCCUCUGGUGAGCGGGACGCCUGCAGGGGCGACUCAGGCGGCCCUCUGACCUGUCAGGCUCCAGGCGGAGGUCGCUGGUUCCUCAUUGGCAUUGUGAGCUGGGGGGCGGGCUGUGGCCGACCAAACCUGCCUGGGGUCUACACCAGGGUCAACAAGUUCACCUCCUGGAUUUACAGCCAUAUCAGCUGACAUGAGAUGAAACGCUCUGCCAGCAGAAAUCUGAAAUAUUUGUCACAAACAUCAGACAAUAAAAGCAUCAGCA